AUGCCCCAGGCAGGGCUCAUUUCAGAGCUGACACGCAACCCGUCCAGUUACUGGGAAACGCUGCGUGUCGCUGGCGCUCUGCAGGUAUGCAGAUUCAGGGACCGACCACCAGCAGACCUGGACGAGGACGCAGCGCCCUCACUGAUGGCACUGGCGCGGCCCCUAUUGAUGCCAAUGCAGGUGGCUGCCCUGGCUGCCUGCGGCGCGACGCAGCACCACGAAGCCGACCGCGCGCUGGCGCCGCACCACCAGCAGCCGCAGCAUGGAUGUUUGCCGCCUCCUCAUUCGCGGGAGUGCCCUCCGCAGACCCCAGCUGCCCUGCAGGAGGCAAGGCCGCCACCGUCGUGCACCUCGCAGCCUGGAGUACCUCCGAGUUCGGGCUCGGAGUCCGCAUAUCCUGCGGUGCCCAGCGCCUUCACGCGCUUCGACUGCAGGCAGCCCGCGGUGCAGGGCCCGGGGCCAGCAAGGGAGGCGGCGCGCGCGACCUGGGGCCAGCCAGCGGUCCUGGCGCACGGGUGGCACGGCGCGGUCUCGCCGCCACGGCCCCCGCCGCCCCCAGUCGGCCCGCAGCGGGCGGACGUGCAGGGCGAGCCGCCGCGGGGCAAGCCACCGCCACACGGCAUGCCGCCAUGGAGCAGGCCGCCCGCCACUGGCGCCCGCAGCGAAUGGUUCGAGAGGAUCCCGCGCCACCCGAAGAGCUCAGCGUGA